ACAAUUCAUUGAGACUUCCUCUUUCAGAAGUUCUGUGCUGCUCAAGUUCCCUGCUGCUUCCAUUCUCGGCUCCUAGCUAAUAAGAAGGGAUCUGCUCGCAGAUUUGGCCGGAAUGUCCGAUCAUCAGGAAUCAGAUGCCGAAGAUCUGUGGAACAGCCUGGAGAACUACAGAGCAAGACUGACCUCAGUGAUCGAGCCCUGCAGGAUCACCCCCUACCUCCGCCAGUGCAAGGUCCUCAAUCACGAUGAUGAGGAGCAGAUCUUCAAUGACCCCAACCUCGUCAUCCGAAGACGGAAAGUAGGCAUGCUGCUCGACAUCCUCCAACGGACUGGUCGCAAAGGUUACAUUGCUUUUCUGGAGAGCCUGGAGCUUUACUACCCCGACCUUUACAGGAAGAUAACAGGACAGGAUCCCUCUCGCACAUUCUCAGUUAUCCUCGAUGCUGGAGGAGAGUCGAGUUUGACCCAGCUGUUGAUGGCGGAGGUGCAGAAGCAGCAGCAGGCGGUGAUCCAGAGCAACAGACGGCUUCAAGAGCUGACUGCCGAGUUGAAGAAUAAGGAGGACCACAUCAAGCAGCUGCAGGUGAAGCUUAACGAGCUGCACAAGCACCAGGAGCGGUUCUGGAAGAUGCGGGAGGAGCGCAACAAUUACAGCGAGGACCUCAAGAUCUGCAAGGAGGAGAACUACAAGUGGGCGAAGGACUUUGCAAUGCAGAGUGAAGAAAAGAACAAGGCAAUGAUGAAGAACAGGGACCUGCAGCUGGAGAUUGAGAAACUGAAGCACAGUCUAAUGCUCGCGGAGGACGGCUACAAGGUGGAAAGGACUCACACCAUGAAACUCAAACAUGCCAUGGAGCAGCGACCAAAGCAGGAGCUUAUCUGGGAGCUCCAGCGAGAAAAUGACUUGCUCAAGGCAAAGAUCCAGGAGCUGACUUCUCCGAUGCAGGUUGACAAUAUCGAUAAAAAUAAGAUAUACAUCCGAAUUCUGGAAGAUGAUCGGAGGACAGCACUGGAGGAACAUCAGGAGCUUGUCAACAGCAUCUACAGUUUACGUAAAGAGCUUCGGGAUGUGGAAGAGUUACGAGAUAAGUACCUGGAAGAGAAGGAGGUUUUUGAGCUAAGGUGCACGACACUUCAGAAGGACUCCCAGAUGUAUAAGGAUCGUAUUGAGGCAAUCCUGCUGCAAAUGCAAGAGGUGGCGACAGAGAGAGACCAGGCACUGAAGUCGAGGGAGGAGAUCCACAAGCUGCACUCACAGACCCUGCAGCAGAAGGACGAGUACCGGAAGCUGAUCCGAGAGCAGGGCGAAAGGUGCGACGAGCUGCAGAUUGAACUGUUCCGGCAAGAGGAGCAACUCCUAAACCUGCAGGCCAAACUCAAGAGGGUCAAACAACCGCCAGACAGUUCGACUUCAGACUUUGAUGAGACCAGCUCCAGAGCUUCUCAGGAUAUCACUGUUACAGGAAUCCAGGAUACAGAUCAAGGUUCUGCUGAAUGGAGUUGGACUCAGAGCACAGAGAACCUGAAGAACCCUGGAUCAGAGCAGUCCUUGGCAUUGGCCAAACACAUCGACAUAAAAACACCGCUAACUACUGAAGACCAACUGAAGGUGAAGUCGAGCAGGUUGAGAAUGAAGAAAAGCUUUGAAGACUACAGAAGGAAGCGGGCAAUCCGACUGAACAAACAGGUGAACGACAGGGUGAGAGGAAACAUGACGGCGAGUGAGACCACAGACUCCGACUACUCCGAAGGAGAAGGAGAAGGGAAGAAUGAGGUUGGGAGAUGAUCCACCCACCUCACGGGACUCAAACUCUUGGAUUCACACUCUGUUCCACGCCAACGCCAUCCUGGAGACAGCACAUCUGUGGUUUACUGAUGUUAGUCACGGCUCACUGACGCACAUACUCUGCCUUCUGAUUGAGUCAGAAGGUUGUGGGUUAGAGUCUGAAUCCACUAAGCUGAGUGCAGAGUCCUGGCUGACCCCCAGCCCUGCUGCGGGGAUUCUGUCUUUCUGAUGAGUUGCUGGUAAAGCCCAUCUGCUCUUUCAGGUUGGUAAAUAAUCCCACAGCCACCAUUUGAUGUCCUGGUCAAUAUUUAUCCUGCAGUAGAUAUUUCUGAGAUAAGUAAUCUGGUUAGUAUUUAGUUGUUCUUGUGGGCUCCUACAGAGCACCAACAAUCAGGCUCUUUUUUACUGAGGCGGUGAGAUUAUGGUUUCUGAUAAAUACUUUGUUAAUGUUAUUAUCAGGAUAGCAGUGGAAAGAAUUCCAUUUCAACCUCUCCACACUAAUCCUCUGUACCAUAACCUCUCUGUAUCUCCUUGUGUCUCUUCAUCUGUCUUCAUUCUGCUUUCCAGCAUCUGCUUCUGUCUCUCAGUCCCUCAUUUUCCCUGGCUCUCCUUUUUCUCCAACUUUCCCUCCUCUUCCUUCUGGCUCGCAGUCUUUCUGCCCCAUCUCUUUGCUCUCUCUCCAUUUGGCUCCCUCUUGUUUUCUGUCUCUCUCCACCUCCACCCAUCUGUCCAUUUAUCAUAGUGGCAGCAUCCAAUUGAUCCAAGCUUGCAUGAAACAACACAAAGUCCCUUUUUAUUGUGAGGUGGUCCAACAGGUAUAAGCUGUGUCAGUAGCCAUCGUUUUUCAUUACGUUAUUGAGUGGCCUUGCACACAAUAUCUGGUGCUGUUCCAAAUAAAAUUGCAUACUCAGUGUCAGUAUUCACAAGGGUCCAAUUAACUAGAGGUUAUCACAUCUCUUUCUUGCCCUUUAUUUGAAAUACAAUAUAAACUAAAAGUUCAAAAAGCAGGUUAGCAACAAAACUAUAAAACCAGUAAGUGUGGACUAUCCUGGUCUGUUAAACAUAGUCACCUAACACAGUUUAUCUUGCCUUUCCCUUUUCGUGUAUUUAACCUGUCUGGUGGCUUUCUCACUGGUUGAGAAUGACAAGCUCAGGUUGUGCUGUAGCAUCACCAGCAGAUGGUAGUGUCUCAUCAUGAGGCGUCUCUUCCUUUCUCUGUGAACUGGAGAAGGAGGUGAGGAAACUCCUACUCCUAACUCCUUUGUUCAUUUGUUUGUAUAAGGCUGGUUGUUGGUACAGUUGUCCUGUCUUGGAAAGAGACCCUGAUGGAGACAAGCAUCCAUUUGCUUUUCUAAUGCAUCUCAGGAGGCAGCUAUUCAUCUGAUUUGUGAACAGAUUCAUUGUUAAGAGAUGACAUGAAUUUUCCAUAGUAGUUGAUCAGUCUAGCCUUUGGUGUCAAGUUGACUAGACUAGGUGUAUCCAACAUUGCUUGGACAUAGUCCUCAAAUGGGUGGAGUCUUUCAGCAUCUACCUUAUAGCCAAGAUAGCCUAUUCCUGAGGCAACAAAGACACAUCUGUACUCCUGUUUCUUUUAAUCAUUAAUCUUCUAGAUUCUCCAUAUGUUCCUGUUCUGUCUUUCUGACACCAAGAAAUCAUCCAGGGAGCCCGUGACACCUACAGACUAUCAACCUGGAUCAAUCUAUCCACUCUCCUCUGGAAAAAAAGCACUGAAUCUGUCCCAGAUAGGUCUGUUUAUUGGAAUAGUCCAAUAUGAGUAUUUAUCAUUAAGCUUUGUCCAACUUGAAUUGUUGCUGAGCAUGUGACGUGUCAGGGGUUAUGAAGAUCUGUCCUCCUAGCUGAGCAAAUGGAUUAUCAGCCGGAGGGAAGAAGAAUCUGACUGUAAAACUAAAAUACUGCAGAUGUUAGAAAUCUGAAACAAAAACAGAAAAUACUGGAUGAAAAAAAACAAGAUGCUGGAGGAACUCAGCAGGCCAGGCAGCAUCCGUGGAGAAAAGCAGAUGGUGAAUGUUUUGGGUCAGGACCCUUCUUCAUGACUGAAGACUG